AGAAGAAGAAGAAGAAGAAGAAGAAGAAGCCAGCAACGACUAAAUUUCAUCCUUGCUUUCACAUUUACGGAGUAAGAGAGCAGAGGAUGUCGGAUCCUGUUGAAGAUGCUGGUUCUGAAUCUCUGAUGGAUAAUAUUACUCAGAAGAUUCACAAGCACGAUGAUUCUUCUUCUUCUUCUUCGGAUUCGGAAAGUGAAAAAUACUUGCCAACAAGAAAGAAUUGCUUGUUCGGCAGGCAAAAACCUGUUCAUGCUGUCCUCGGUGGUGGAAAGUCUGCUGAUAUUAUACUUUGGAGAAACAAGCAGAAAUCAGCCUGCAUAGUUGCUGGUGUAACAGUCAUUUGGCUUCUCUUUGAGCGGAUGGACUAUCACUUGCUUACUUUUGUUUGCCAUUCUCUUAUCCUAGCACUUGCAACAUCGUUCAUCUGGUCCAAUUUCUCUCCAUCUGUUAAUAAGCCACCACCUAAGCUCCCUGAGGUUAUAAUACCAGAAGAUAUUUUCGUGAGUAUUGCACUAUCAUUGAGGCAUGAAUGCAAUCAAGCCUUUGCAACCUUGAGAGAAGUAGCUUCAGGGCAAGACUUGAAGAAAUUCCUCAUGGUGAUUGCAUUGUUGUGGAUUCUCUCUGUUGUUGGCAGUUGGUUCAAUUUCUUAACGCUUUUCUACAUAGUGUUUGUGUUGCUGCAUGCAGUGCCAGUGCUGUAUGAGAAGCAUGAGGAUCAGGUGGAUACUUUUGCUGAGAAAGCAGUGGUGGAAAUCUACAAGCAAUAUGCAGUAUUGGACGCGAAGGUGCUCCAGAAGCUUCCAAAGUGCCCCUUUAACAGCAAUAAUAACAAGCAGCACUGACGAUUGAGUCACAAAGCUACAACAGCCUCAGCACAGCUAAUCCUGUCAUUGCGGUUUUCUGCCUCCAUAUUUGGCUUCCUUGAGAGUAUAUUGCCAUAGUUACUAUAUACUGCAGUCUUUUAGCCAAAGGCUGUCGGCAGUGAUCAUAGCCCCCCCCCCCCCCUUUUCUUUUCUUUUUCCCCCCUCUUUAAGCCCCAGGCUGUUCUCUUGGUUUCUUUUUAGUAAAGUGGAAAACUUUCCUGCUUUUGGACAUGUUGUGAGAGGCCUGUUUAUCAAAACCUUGUGAGAAGGUUAAAAUGUGAAUCCUGCGGGAGGCUUGGUAUUAGAAGGGCAU